AUGUCGGUGCAGCAGUCUUCCGUGGCCCCCUUGCAGAUCCCUGCGCAGCAGUCACAAAGUCGCUUGCAGACCGGGUAUGCGAGCAACACGCGGCCGGUGAUUGUGUACAAUCCGGAGGUGGACGACGACGAUGGCCUGCGCAACCUGUGCAGCCCACAACUCCACUUCUCCACCCGCACUGCCCGUGACUAUGACAAGGCCCAUGGCUCUGUGCUCGAUGAAACCGAGCGCACCAUGCACCCAAAGACGUGGGGCACACAGGGCGCAGAGUACGCUGCAGCGCACUACGCCAGCGCUCGCGCUGCGGCCACGCGCUCCAGCGGUUACCGUGCGCAGAUCCAGCACACCCUCCCAAAGUCCAAGGAGGUCGAUCCACCAUCGACGCUGACCACGGAGGCAAGGCAGAGUUUCCGUCCAGCACAGCUGUACCCAGAGCACAAAGUCCCGGGCACCGCAGCGGGUGCGCGCGCGACACAUGCGGCCCGAUCCUCUGCCUUUACAAACAACCUGCAAACCAGCGCAUUCGAGCCCUCACUGGAGCCACUCGAGAAAGCAACAGAAACGCGGUCUCGGUUUGCGCAGUCUCCAAAGAAGGAGUUUCGGCUGCCGCCGAUUGUGAAGCAGCCGUCACAGUACGAGUACGGCUAUCGGCCCCGCCCUUUUUUCCUCCCGCCACGAUCAGACCAGGUGUAUGGCGAGCCUGUGAAGAAAGACGUGCCGACAACGGCGCGUCUGGCGCGUUCUGACCCGACAGAGUACUUCAACCGAACAAACACGCGAUCCAACGCAACAUGGACACAGACAAACUUUGGUAACAAGCACCAGGAGGCCAUGGACGAGGGCCACAGGAUGCUCUAUGGCAACAAGCACUUGCUGCAGGACACGCGUGUCAAGAAAUCUGGCUUUGUUCGCAACGUCGACAUCUUCAGCGUUGAGCCUGAUGACGAGAAGGAGCGCUUUCGCACAACAACGCGCAUGAGCUAUGCUGCCCGGCCAUGA